UCAGAAAUUGAUGCAAUUUGCCGGACAGCGGCGAGAUCAUGAAUUUGUUCAAGUGGACUGACACUAAUUGCGGACAAGUGAAGGACAUCCACUCGAUCGGCUCCAUCGUUCACUUUGGCGGUUCUAACUUCUACUUGCACCACGAGACUGUGCGUGUGCUGGAGAAUUUCAAGCACUUUAUGGAUGUGAAGCUCGGCGUCAAGACUGCAGAAAACCCCAAAGAGCAGUUCAUUUUCGUGGGUAGUCGAGGAAUCGGUAAGAGCUGCCUUUUGUCGUUGAUUUGUUUCUACUUGGCCGUCGUGAAGAAGGUGGUUCCGCGUUGGAGGUGACUGGCCAGUCACGCGGUUCCUUGAUCAAGGCAAAUAUUACGAGUGGAUCGACGUGGACAACAAAAUAUACGACAACCUCUGCCACCUCAGAAGCGGGGUCGAUCAGUCGCGCUCCUGGUUUUGCCUCGACGGAUUGACUCAGCUGGAUGUCAAGAAGCGCGAUUUAACCGCUUUUUAUACUGUCCUAGCAGUCUCUGGACAGUUUCAGAGAAAUGGUGAACGCGCCGCUAAGCAGGUGACGUGUCUUGUUCCAUACUGGAGACAAGAGGACUUGGAGGAUUUGGCUGGAAACUCGGAGAGCUGAACAAGAGCGAUGUCGCCAGUCGGAUUUCCGUGUCAGGAGGAAGUGUUCGUGACUUCGUGCUUCCAGAGCAGUAUGCUA